AUGGGCGAUUCCAGUGAAAAUUGGCCGGAACCGGUCUCCUCCCUUCAGUCAAUGCAGCUGGAUCUCCCACCAAGCUGCAUUGAAAUUUGCCCAUCUGCGCCGUCAUACUUUUUAAUCGGGACGUACAACUUGGAGGGCUAUGAAGGGCCCGCUGCGGCUGUUUCGCAAUCUACUGAAGCGAAGGAGGUUGAGGAAAAGGAUGAGGAACAUGACGACCACGACGACAGUGAGGCUACGGUGAUAGGAGAGAAAAAAGGGCCACAAAACCGCGACGGAAGCAUUCUCACAUUUCAGCUUGUGGAUGACCAGUUAGUCCAUGUUCAAACGCUGAUGCAGCCAUCGGCCAUACUCGAUCUCCAUUUCAACCCAGCACCAGGCAAGCAAGACAUCUGCGCCGCCGUCUCUAGCACGGCUACUCUGGCUCUGUUCCGGUUAAGUCCUGGGGACGCCCAGCCCCUGAAGCAUCUCAAGACCAUGGACAUGGCAAGCAUGUGCAAAACGGCGGAGGACUGGCUAGGCGACAAGGACGAGGUUAUUUUCACUCACUUCGCCUGGCAUCCGACGAAGCCGGAUAUGGUUGUUGUUACCACCACUGCCGGCUAUGUACACCUGAUCUACCUUGGAGAAGAUCUUGAUGGCGGCGAUUGGGUCAUGCACCCUGAGCCGAUUCUCACUCACACCCUCGAGGCUUGGUAUGUAUCCAUUUCUCCAUCUCUAAGCUCUCCUAGAGAGGAAGAAGACGACUCGUUUCUGCUGUUAUCCGGAGGAGACGACUCGGCGUUGCGCUACACAGUAUGCAAGCGCACUCGGAGCGCCAAUGCGAUGGGCGACGAUGAGGAAUCACAAAGUCCCUAUAACAUUGAGGCGCUCCGCCCACCUCUCAACGUCAGCCGAGGCCAUGAUGCUGGAGUAACAGCGAUAUUGGCCCUAGGGCUGAAGGAUGACGAAUCCGAGCUUGUGGUUACGGGAAGCUACGACGAUCACAUUCGGCUCUUUUCUAUCCCGGCCUACGGCUUUGGGCGGGCCGUCGAGCUGGCUGGAAGCAACCUCGGAGGAGGCGUAUGGAGGUUGAAAGUUGUCAAGGAAGACAUGGGCCUCUUUGAGGGGCGGGGUUGGCGGUUGACGAUCCUCGUGUCGUGCAUGCAUGCUGGCGCGAGGGUUGUCGAGCUCGUCAAGAACGGUGCUGGGGAGUAUGAGUUCCGAGUGGUUGGGAGGUUUGAGGAGCACAAGAGCAUGAACUAUGGCAGUGAUUGUCAGCUGAGCAAAGAAGGGACCCUCUCAGCUGUGUCGACGAGUUUCUACGACAAGUUGCUGUGUCUUUGGAAGCUUGAGCUUGGAGCUUGA